UAACAUCAUUUCUUUGGACUGCAGUUUAAAACUUUAGUUACCAUAUGCAGACAUGACUUUGCUCUCUCAUGUCAUACUUUUUUGUUAGCUCUUUGCUUUGCUCAAACGAAGGAGAAGUUUACAUGCAGUCUCUGUUUUAGAUGAUCAGUAUAUUUUCUUGGCCCAAAUAGAUAUUUAACUGAGCUGGUAAUACAGCACAGUCAUCGUCAAUCAACAAAUCAGAUGCUGGACCUUUGAGACUGGUUUCCAGGUCAUGUCUUAUACCCUUGAACCCUGUGCUAUAACAUUUCUGUCUAAACUGAAAGAAUACCAGUAAAAUGACUACUCAAAUACUUCAUCUGUAUAGUCAAACAUGUUUCAAAGGCCACUUCAUUUGUACAGUCAAACCUGAUUCCAAGACUGCUUUGUGUAUUGUCAAACCUGUAUCAUAGGCAGCUUCAUUUUGUUACUCAAACCUGUUUCAAAGGCCGCGUCAUUUGUACAAUCAAACCUGUUUCAAAGGCCGCUUCACUUGUACAGUCAAACCUGUUAUAAAGGUCACUUCAUUUAUUUAGUAAUGUCUGUAUUAAAGGCUACUUCGUUUGUAGAGUCUGAUCUGUCCAUUCGCAAAAUCAAACCAGUUUAAAUGGCCGCUUCACCUGUAUCAAAGGCCACUUCAUUUGUACAGUCAGAUCUGUUUCAAAUGCCGCUUCAUUUGUAUAAUCAGACCUGUAUCAAAGCCUACCUGUGCAGUAAUGCCAUGCCACCUUUCUCCAGAGAACAUUUUUUUUCAAGAUUAAAAAUAAAUCGUUGUAUUUCAACCUGUGACUCAAAAGCAUUGGAAAAUAAAGGCAACUCUCCGGCCUACACAUGGUCAAACAUGUCUGCCGACAAUUAUGGUGUUGUUUAUUUGUUAUUUUGUCUCCAUGUUCUGUUACAAGAUACCAAAAUGUACUUUAAAAUCAUCAUUUUAAAUCACAAAAUAAAACUCAUUCUUAUACGCUCGAUACGAACACCAUAUAGCAUAGAUACUUCGUUAUAAAUUGAUUGUAGUAUUUUAAUACCGCAUUGUAAAAAUAGAUGUUUCCAUUUUUGUGUUAUCCUUGGUGUUGACGGAACUGACACUGAUUAUUACUCACGUACAUAUUUAUUUCAUAGAUUUAUUAUUAAUUUGAACCAUGUCUUAAUGGCGUUUUUCUGAACUUGAAGCCAAAAUCAAUCUAUCUACCGAGCAUAUCGCCCAAUAGAGCGCCAUCAGACGUAAGACACUGUCAAAACGAAGAGUUUAAACAUGAGUGUAUAAAGUAAUAUUGCCACUUUCAACGUGAGUACUUAAAUAUUUCCAAAUUUUUAGUUUCUUGACUUCCGUCUUUUCUGUGUUCUUAGGUUGGUUCCUACGAAGAAGGUCAGCUGACACUACAGGUAGACAAAAUGAAAUUUUAUCAAAAUAUCGACGGUGCUUGCUCCAGUUCUCUCUGUGGACACUGUACAAACUCCUCCUUCACACGACCAGUUACCAUAGCAACAACAACACACAUGCACCCUGAGACGGAGGAGUUCUCGGUUCCUGACUAUACUAUCAUAGGGAUCCUAGGGUUUCUGUUUGUCGUGAUAAUGGUUAUGAGUAUAAUCAUAAUCUGUUACUUCAAACGACGAAUAGUGGAAUUAGAAAGACAGCUGAAGGAGACAAAAUAUGAAAUAAGGACUAGUUAUGCUUUGCACAAUGGAUCGGCUUUUUCACAUGCUAACACAACGUCGUUAACCUACCCGGACCUUAAACUCGCAAACACAAGCCCCAGUGGUGAUACCAUGAAUGAAUGGAGAAAAGCACAAAACGUUCCAUAUGGUGGGAAUAGCAAGUAUUCACAAUCUAACGGUGGAGUGAUAAAUCAAGGAUUUGUCGGCAGUGAAAUGUAUCUGCAUGCGACCCAUGAUGACGACGAAAAUCUGCAACGUUCUUCAUCAGGAAAUUACAGUGCAAGUCCGCGAGGACACGUGUCCAAUUCAGAUCAAUUAAAUUCAGUUUCAGAUUCACCUACUUAUAGACCUCCUUCCAGCAGUUAUGGACUAACAUCUCACAGCAGUUUCAAAAAGCCCGCGGAUUAUAAUCAUAAUGGCCAAAUAAAAAAGCAGCCGCGUACUCAGCUUGCUGUUCCUCCUUGUAGACCGGAACUUCCGCCACGUGACCCGGAACAGCAGCGCGCGCAUGCUCAAAGACCAAACGGGUUUACAGACAAAUUUGACCAUUUGUCUUCAGCAGUGCCAAAGGAAAAAGUGUGAAAAGUCCGAAGUAGUCCGCGAAGGACUGUGUCACCACCGUCAUUUAAACACAACCCAUCCACGGGUGAAAACUCACGGUACAGAGAUACAAAUUAUGCAGACAGCUCAAAAUACAAUGGGUCUCCCGCGAAUAUGACUUUCUCAGAUUCUAAAAUGGCUUCACCAGAUAUGGUAAAUUUGGCAGGUUCCAUUGAAAAAAUAUCGCGUGUGUAGAGUACACAGAUUCUGGUUAAUUAAUAUGAAUCUCAUUUUAUAGGUGUUUUGUGAUUGGUCACGUGAAAGUUUAUCACAGGAGUUUAGAAUGUGAUAACAAUAAAUGGUGAUACCCCGGUGCGUACCAAAAAAAAAAAAACUUGACAAGGCAUUAAAAUGUGCUUUUCUCAUCUGACAUUAUACGCAGUACGUGUUCAUAAUGGAAGACCCUGAUGCUUGCGUAUAAUAUUCCUACUGCAAAGUGAUAUAUAAGUUUUUGCAGAAAGAAGACUCACUUGUAUAGUAUUUGAAAAUGUUGAAAGAUAUUGAAGACUUCGUGUCCAACUAUUCUACUGCAGCCAGUCUUUAAGUGUAUUUUGCUCCUUGUGUUGGGGUCGAAAAUAAAAUUGUUCACUACGGACACCGAGGUUUGUGUAUCUCGGCGAUUGAAAACACUGUCCCGAUUGACUGCCAUAUUAUUGUACUCUGUACGAUUUAUGAUAACAUUUAUAUAAAUUGUUAUUACCGUUAUUGUUUCUGUGUAUUUUAUGAAAUAUUUAAAAGUACAUUAUAGCUUUAUAUAUAUUAAAAUAAUAUAACUAUUGAAUUUACUGUUCGCACUCUUUAUAAUCAUUGUUAUGAAUGUUCUUACAACUUUUAAAACUAUUUAAGUGAUUUUGGGAGGACUCAUCUCGAGUUCAUUCUUAGUGGGAUUCGAACUCGUUACAUUGCUUUGGCGCUAUUCUUCUAAACAUUUCUCUUUCCGUGGAGUCAGUGCAGUGAUUUGUACGAAAUCGACUGAUCCAUUAUGUAAGGGAAACAACUCCUAAACAUUUUUGUCAUAUCAGCAUUCGAUUGCUUCGAGAGGCAAAUUAUAAUAAUGUAUACAUAACGAUUAAAAAAGAAUAA